AUGGCUCGUCAAUCUCUUUUUGUUCUUGGUCUGAUCUUCACCGCCGUCGUCGGCGCUGUCGCUCAAGCUCCGGCAACCUCCCCCACCGAUUCUCCGACACUGAUCAGCUCUUCGUCUGGUCCCGCCUCAUCUUCUCCUUCUUUGUCGCCGACUGCCUCUUCAGAGGCUUCAUCGCAGUCGUCUGUAUCAGCAUCUGCUCCGUCGUCGAUGGCUACGAUGAGCUCGCUUGGUUCUUACCCUUCCAUAGCUUCUUCGCCGACCGGYGAGACUCCGGCCAGUUCUCCUUCUAAGGCUCCGACCGGCUCUCCUUUUGUGGCUCGUAAAUUGUUUGGAAAUUAUUUUCUUGGCUGA